UACCUUGCUGCUACCGUGCCAGUGUCGUGCGCAUAAUGCGAGGCCUCUUUUUGGGAAAGCUAUAAUGAAACAUAAAGUUCGAAGCCGAUAAGAAACACAGACAUCAUUCGGCAUCAGCCAUGGAUGAAGUCGACAGAAUAAUCAUUCGUUCUCUAAGGGAAAUUGGCUGUGACAUUGAAGAAGGAGUUGAGUGUUUGAAGCAAUUUUCAACCGAACUUGUGGUUGAAGCUGCAGCAAGAUGUAUCGAGGCCAUCCAGCCAGGAUCUGGGAUCCCAACAUCUCUACCACCAUCAAUGUCAAUGCGAUUCAGAAUUGGUGCUGCUAUUGCUCAAGCAUGCACAGAUAUGGGGUACGGAGGAGAGGUUGGAUACCAAACCUUUCUAUACUCAAACGAAGCUGAUCUCCGUAGGGUAUUAAUGUUUCUUAUAGAAAGGUUGCCUAAAGAUGGACAGACAGAUAAAGUAGUUCAGGAGCCUACCAGUAGAUCAGCCAAAAUAAGGAAGGAUAUUAGUUUGACCAUCACAAAGCAGCUAUCAGCACCAUGGGUUCCAAAGUUUUGCCGUGUUGAUGGUAUCAGAUGGCAUGAAGAUGGAUCUUUCACCAAAGAAGGGGGCAGUUGCUCCCCAUUUGUGUCUGAACCUUUACAAACUGGAAGUACUAGCCAUGGGUGCACACCCCAAGAAUGGAGAGAAUAUUGUGUGAAAUAUCUUCCCUUUGUGUCGGAACAAGUAUCGGCUGCAAAUCGUCUCAUUCCCUCCCUCAUAACUUUGAACUCAAGAGGAAUUCUUGCACCAAGCCAGCAGCAUCCACCUCCAAAGGCGGAAGAACUUCGGAAAGCAAGAAGUGCACUGUUGAAGGCAGAAUCACAUAAAUUAGCUUCUCAGAGCUUUGAGGCUCAAAGUUCAUAUGAGUCAAGUGUGAAAUUGAGCUCUAGAUUUGCCCUGAAUGAAAGACUUCAGUUCAUACAAGAAAAAAGUCCAGAGAAGAAAAAAAUGGUAAUUCAGGAAAACACACAAACUGAGUCUGCCUCUGAAACUGCAGAAGAAAGACAAAAGAGACAUGAGGAAGAGGAAGAACUUGCAGUGGAGAAAAUGAAAUGUGAAAAUGAUGAACUGAAGGAUAGAAUAGAGCAGCUUCAGCUAGAUAUGAAGACACUGUCCGCCAAAUUACCUCAGGUGCUGGAAGAAAGUGAUAUUGCAGAACGCACAUUAAUGGAUGCAGAGGCAAAACAAGCAGUUCGUCGGAAAGUUUUAGAUCUCCUCCCUGAUCCAGAAGCAAAUAUUGCCAAACUUCAGGCAAUGAUUGAAGCAAGCACACAAAAAUUGGUCAAGCUGGCCACUCAAUGGGAGGAGCACCGAGCACCACUGCUGCAGCAGUAUAGACUUGCACGUCAGCUUAACUCAAGCAAAGCUUCCGAGAGCGCUCGUACAGCAGAAGCGCUCAGAGUAACAAGAGAAAAAGUGUCUGAAUUGACAGAGGAAGUAAGAAACAAAGAACAACUGCACACACUUUUGCAAGCAGAAUAUGCAAAAGUAAGCAAGGACAACAGUAGGUCUGCGUACACAAGAAGAAUAAUGGAAAUCAUUGGUAAUAUCACAAAACAAAAAGAUGAGAUUGAUAAGAUUUUGAAGGACACCAAGGAACUGCAUAAGGAAAUAAACUCAUUAGCUGGUCGGUUAGAUCGAUCCUUUACUGUUGCUGAUGAAGUUAUUUUUCGAGAUGCUAAAAGGGAUGAUGUUUCAAGGCGAGCAUACAAAUUACUAGCAACUUUACAUUCCGAGUGUAGCGAACUUGUGAAAAUGGUGGAGGAAACUGGUGCUAAUGUGAGAGAAUCAAGAGAUCUGGAAGACCAGAUUGAAACUGAAAGUGCUAAAAAGGUUAGUGAUAACUUGGAGAGAAUAUCGGCAGAUCUUCGGCAAAUGAAGCAAGAAACUGCUAGUCUUGCUGCUCAACUGAAGACAAAAGCUCAGUAAUAAAGGUGCAGUGCUCAAAAAAGUAGAGUAAAGAUCAUUUUCAUGUAUUGUGAAAUUACCUGUCCUCACGGAGCACAUUCGUUGUAAUAGACUUUAUAAAAACAUAACAGGAUUUAAAGAAAAAAGUUAUUCAUAUCUGUAAACAUUAUACAAAUGUUAUUGUACUUUAAAGCCAUGAACUAAUCCUGUGCCUUAUUUUUAACACAGUGCUCAGAACUGGACAAUAUUUCAUACAUCUUUUUUAUGAAGUCAUUAGAAAAGAUAGUAAUCAGUUCUCCUUGCCAUGAUUAUGUUAUUACCUCCAGUGUGAUUAGUUGUAUAUUUUUUAGUAACAUCUGUUAACUUUGUAAGUUAAAUCUUAUUUUCUUGUGUAGAAAGCUAAGUUCAAGUCUCAAAUGAUCUGACUGACAAAAAGCCUCAUGGCUGACUCAUGUGAUAUUACUUCGGAACAUGUAAACUUCACUACCCUUUUCGUGUGCUGACCACUUUUCUCUACGCCUUUAUCAUGCUGGUCCAAUUGGAAUAGGUCCAAUUAAAUAUUUUCUGGGGAGAUACUAAUCAUUUCUCCCCUUUUAGUGCAUCUGUAUCUACCUAGCAAUAUGAUUCCAGGGUAUAUGGAUGUUUUUAAGCAGUAAGUAUAGAAAAGGAUAGUGUCAAACUGGAAAGCCUAUUAAAUGUGUGUUACACUUUACUAUUAUAGACUGUUUAUAUGCAUUUAGAAAUCAAAAUAAAACUAUUCAUAGAUUCAUAUAUUGUGAUGAA